AUGCCCAUAAAUUCAGAAUCUGCCAAAACAGAUGUACCGAAAAAUAUAACAGAUUCGAAUGGAACUAAAACAGAAACAGAAUUAAUAGUUACCCCAGAAAACAAAGAAAACUCCACUCUUGAAUCUGAGGCCGCAGACAUUUCUAGCAAGCCCGAUAAUACCACAAAUCAGCCAGAGAAUAUUGACAAUAUAGAAUCGGCACGAAAUGUAGACGAUUUAAAAUCUUUUCAAAAUAAUGAAGCCAUAAAGGAAGAAGAUAAUAAAUUCAAAGAUUCCCCACAAGAUGUUGCCCCUCAUGAAAUCCACCGACAAUCUGAGGUGUGGAAAGAUUUUACAGAUGACUUUGCACUGCUCGAAGAUCGCAUGCCCGAUUUGACAGAUGAGGAGUUUGAUCAAAUUAAUGGGGACGGUGCCAUGCCAUGGAAUUUCUUGAAAAGUUUGGAUGUUAAGAGAAAUAUCGACGAAAUCAAGCCACGCCCAGUGCAAGCUUACACGCCCAUUUAUAUCACCGUACCCAUUGUGAUAAACACUCACUCUUCUUUGCCCAUAUCUGUGACAAUAGGUGGACAAAAGAUCCCUCUAAAGCUACCAAGUGAAACAAAACAACAACCCUCCGUUCUUGCUUCAGAUAAAGUUAAAGCUUCAGCCGGCAGUCCAAUAGUUACGCCCACCUCUAUCUUUAACAAACUCAUGGACUACAGUGAACCACCCAUCCGACAAACAAAUCGUCAUCGCAGUAAUUUCCGUAAAAAAAUCUAUGCCCGCAACAAUGAACAUCAAGUCGAGGAGUUUGAAUAUAAAAGUGAAGAAAAUUAA